AUGGCCGUCGGUGGACGGAGGCGGCGGAUACGUUUCAGCAAGCUCUAUAGUUUUUCAUGCUUUAAGUCUUCGUUCAAGGAUGAGCACCGCCAAAUUGGGCACAGAGGUUUUUCUAGAGUUGUUUAUUGCAAUGAACCGGACAACCCAGAACAGAUUCAGCUGAGAUAUAGGAACAAUUACGUUUCCACCACAAAGUACACCGCCCUAAAUUUCGUUCCAAAGUCUUUGUUCGAGCAAUUCAGGAGAGUUGCCAAUGUCUAUUUUCUGGUUGUGGCUUGUGUGUCUUUCAGUCCAUUGGCACCAGUCAAAGCUACCACUAUAUUAGCUCCUCUUCUGGUGGUAAUUGGAGUCACAAUGCUUAAAGAAGGGAUCGAAGACUGGAGGCGGAGGCAACAGGAUAUUGAGGCCAAUAAUAGAAAGGUUGAAGUGUAUGAUAGAAAUGGAAGAUUUGAAUCCACUAGGUGGAAGAAUUUACGAGUUGGCAAUCUUGUUAAGGUUUACAAGGAUGAAUAUUUUCCGGCUGAUCUGUUACUUUUGUCAUCGAGCUAUGAAGACGGGGUUUGCUAUGUUGAGACUUCCAAUCUCGACGGAGAAACUAAUCUGAAGGUAAAGCAUGCCUUGGAUAUCACAACCCCACUGCGUGAUGACAAUUCUGUGCAAAACUUUAGAGCAGUGAUCAAGUGUGAAGACCCAAAUGAGGAUCUUUAUUCAUUUAUUGGAACUUUGGAAUAUAAUGGCAAGCAUCCUCUGUCCGUUCAACAAAUUCUUUUAAGAGAUUCUAAGCUUCGAAAUACGGAUUAUGUUUAUGGUGUGGUUGUCUUCACUGGUCAUGAUACAAAAGUUAUGCAAAAUGCCACGGAUCCUCCAUCUAAAAGGAGUAAAAUUGAGAGGAGAAUGGAUAAAAUAGUAUACACUCUUUUCAUUACCUUGAUUGUCAUUUCUUCAGUUGGUUCUGUGUUCUUUGGUAUUGAGACCAAGAGUGAUGUUCGUGAUGGGGAAUUAAAAAGGUGGUAUCUUCGACCUGACCGUACAAUAAUCCUUUUUGAUCCCCGAAGAGUUUCAGUUGCUUCAUUUUUCCAUUUCCUGACUGACCUUAUGCUAUAUCAGUAUUUGAUACCAAUUUCGCUUUAUGUAUCAAUUGAGAUUGUAAAGGUGUUACAGACUAUAUUUGUUAAUCAAGAUCGGGAAAUGUAUUAUGAAGAAGCAGAUAAGCCAGCACGUGCAAGGACAUCUAAUUUGAACGAAGAACUAGGUCAAGUUGAUGCUAUCCUUUCUGACAAGACAGGUACUUUAACGUGUAACUCUAUGGAGUUUGUCAAGUGUUCUAUAGCAGGCACAGCCUACGGCCGUGGAUUGACCGAAGUAGAGAGGGCUCUUGCACAUAGAGAAGGGGAUGGAGUUUCUGAAAUCAAUGAUUCUUCUUUAGAUGCACAGGGGUUUGAGAAGGAAACAACAAAUUAUGUUGGGUCAAUCAAAGGUUUUAACUUCAAAGAUGAACGUAUAAUGAACGGUCGAUGGGUUAAAGAACCCCAUUCUGAUGUCAUACAGAAAUUUUUUCGAGUUUUAGCACUCUGCCAUACUGCCAUUCCUGACGUCAAUGAAGAAUCGGGUGAAAUUUCUUAUGAAGCUGAGUCACCAGAUGAGGCGGCCUUCGUUGUUGCUGCGAGAGAACUUGGUUUUCAGUUUUAUGAAAGAACACAAACGAGUAUUUCAGUGCAUGAGUUAGACCAUGAAACUGGGGAAAGGAUUGACAGGUCAUACGAGCUUCUUCAUGUCCUAGAGUUCAGCAGUGCCAGGAAAAGAAUGUCAGUAAUUGUCAGAAAUCCAGAGAACCAGUUGUUACUUCUUUGCAAGGGUGCGGACAGCGUAAUGUUUGAGAGGCUCUCUCAAGAAGGGCGGUGUUUUGAAGAUGAAACAAAAGCUCAUAUUCAGAAGUAUGCAGAAGCUGGUUUACGGACUCUAGUAAUUGCAUAUCGAGAACUUAAUGAAGAAGAAUACAGUUCAUGGGAGCAGGAGUUUGUGAAGGCUCUAACUUCUGUGACCGCAGACCGAGACGCCUUGGUGGAUGCAAUUGCCGACAAGAUUGAGAGAGAUUUGAUUCUCCUGGGUGCUACCGCUGUUGAGGACAAACUUCAGAAAGGGGUUCCUGAAUGCAUUGAGAAACUUGCAAAUGCUGGCAUUAGGAUUUGGGUCUUAACUGGUGAUAAAAUGGAGACUGCAAUCAACAUUGGGUAUGCUUGUAGAUUACUGAGGCAGGGUAUGAAACAGAUCCUUAUUACUUUAGAUUCACCUCAUGUGAAAGAUUUGGAAAAAAGUGGGGAUAAAGAAGCUCUUUCCAAGGCUUCAAUGGGAAGCAUAAGGAAGCAAAUAAGAGAAGGAAAUUUACAAGUCAGGUCAGCUAAAGAAAGUUCUAGCUUGUUUGGUUUGAUAAUUGAUGGACAAUCGCUGUCCUUUGCUCUUGAUCAAGAUCUGGAGAACUCAUUUCUGGAGCUUGCAUUGAAGUGUGCAUCUGUUAUAUGCUGUCGCUCCACGCCUAAGCAAAAGGCUUUAGUAACCAGGUUGGUGAAAAAAGGGACAGGGAAGACGACAUUAGCAAUUGGUGAUGGUGCAAACGAUGUAGGCAUGCUUCAUGAAGCUGAUAUUGGAGUUGGCAUAAGUGGUGUUGAAGGCAUGCAAGCUGUGAUGUCAAGCGACUUUGCAAUUGCUCAAUUUCGCUUUCUUGAGCGGCUGUUGUUAGUCCAUGGUCACUGGUGCUACAGGAGGAUAUCAAUGAUGAUAUGUUACUUCUUUUACAAGAACAUUGCAUUUGGUUUCACCUUAUUUUGGUUUGAAGCUUACGCUUCUUUCUCGGGUAGAGCUGCUUACAAUGACUGGUAUAUGUCAGUCUACAAUGUAUUCUUCACUUCACUUCCUGUUAUUGCGCUGGGAGUCUUUGAUCAGGACGUUUCUGCAAGGUUUUGUCUUAAGUAUCCUGAACUAUAUCAAGAAGGGGUGCAGAACGUCCUUUUCAGAUGGCCACGCAUUCUUGGUUGGAUGUUUAAUGGGUUUCUAUGCUCCAUGAUUAUAUUCUUCCUUUGCUCAAGCUCUGCCCUGGUUCAGGCUUUUCGUAGAGAUGGUAAAGUGGCAGACUAUGGAGAGUUUGGAGUUGUUAUGUAUACUAGCGUGGUUUGGACUGUGAACUGCCAAAUGGCAUUGUCUAUCAAUUAUUUCACCUGGAUCCAGCAUUUAUUCAUCUGGGGUAGCAUUGCCCUAUGGUAUGUCUUCCUUGUCGUCUAUGGUUCUACGACGCCAACUUUCUCAACGACAGCAUAUAAGGUGUUUGUGGAGGCCUGUGCGCCGAGUCUGUUCUACUGGAUAUCAACCCCUGUUGUUGUGGUUGCUGCUCUCUUACCAUAUUUCUCAUACAGAGCGUUCCAAUUUAGGUUUAAACCAAUGUAUCAUGAAAUUAUUCAAAGGCGGCGACAUGAAGGCGAGACAGUGGAUUCCGAGGAAUCACAAGAGGAACGUCAAAACGAGAGAUAG